ACUCUCUCUCUACGUGAUCCUCAUACCGUGCUUCAGGAUCGCUCUAUUUCCUCACGUUGGGUGCAACGAAGUGGUCACGAGUUCGACUCUCGUUGACACUAUUUUGUCUGUUUUCCUUUUUCCCGAGGAACUGGUAGCAGCUUCAGUUCUACCAGAUUCAAUUUUAUGUUUCUGUUUUAUUUUUAUUUGUUUUAAGCGAAGGUCGCGAGUUCGAUUCUUGACUCUGUUGCCCUCGCUUCCUCAGUGUCUUUUUAUCAUUCUGGCAAGUACAGGUCCGCGGUUCGAUUCUGGUGUUGUUUAUAUUUUUUCAUUUGUUAGUCUGUUUGUGGAAAUUAUUUUUUCUUUUUCAUGUAAAAAUAUAGACCAGCUAGGCAGAGGUCCUAACAUCUUUUCUUACUCUAGAACUGAGUUAUCUACUGCUUCCCUUCAGUUUUUCGUCGUUUUUUUGUUGUUUUGAUUUUUGUUUUGAGUGAAGAGUCUAGCUUUUAUCUAUAUACUGAGGUGCUCUAUCGCUGCACAAUCCUAUUUUUGUCUGUUGUAUUUUGAGCAUGGAUUGACCUUUCAACCAUGACGAGUCCAGCAGGCAUGGCUUUAGAGAUCAACAAUGGCGGCACCGCUGCCAUGGAAGCCAACCUGAGCACAAGCAGCGGCAGCUUUGACACCAGCAACUCGAGUUAUAGCAGCUCCACAACCAUAGCAAGCCUAAGCAACAGCUUCGGCAGCAUCAUUAACAUAAACAGCACAGAUUAUGCUGCAAAGCCUGCCGAAAGUGACAAAAGCUACCGUAACAAUAGCUGCAGCAGCGACGAAACCAGCAGCAGUAACAAUAAUAUUUGUCCUCGUCCAUGUAAGAAGCCGCACAAGUCCAAUAAUGAUGCACGAUGGGAGGCGAUACAAGCAGUGAAGAAUGGGAACGAUAUAGGGCUGAAUAACUUUAAGCUGUUGAAACGGCUGGGAAGAGGAGACAUUGGUAGCGUCUAUUUGGUAGAGUUAAAGGCGACGAGUUGUUAUUUUGCAAUGAAAGUGAUGGACAAGGGGAGUUUGGUGAACCGGAAGAAAAUGAUGCGGGCAAAGACUGAGAGAGAGAUUUUGAGCUGUUUAGAUCAUCCAUUCCUGCCGACUUUGUACUCGCAUUUUGAGACGGAGCAGUUUUCGUGCCUGGUUAUGGAGUAUUGCAGCGGCGGGGACCUUCAUACAUUUCGGCAACGCCAAGCUGCCAAGUAUUUUUCUGAAUCUGCAGUGCGGUUUUAUGCAUCAGAAGUACUUCUUGCUCUUGAGUAUCUGCAUAUGAUGGGAGUUGUUUAUAGAGAUUUAAAGCCAGAAAAUGUUCUUGUCAGGGAGGACGGACAUAUAAUGCUUUCAGAUUUCGAUUUGUCAUUGAGGUGUGUUGUCAGUCCCACCCUUGUGAAGCCAGUGCCAAUUGAUCUUGGUACGUCAUGCAGCAUUCCCACAUUGUGCGUUAGGCCUGCAUGUAUUGAGCCAUCAUGUGUGAUUCCUGCCUGUAUACAACCUUCAUGCUUUGGGCCGAACCUCUUUACCCAGAGAUUUAAAAAAACUAGAAAGUCAAAUAGCGAUAUUAUAAGGCAGAUGACUUCACUUCCAGAACUAAUUGCAGAACCCACUAGUGCUCGGUCUAUGUCAUUUGUGGGUACUCAUGAAUACCUAGCUCCUGAAAUCAUCAAAGGGGAGGGCCAUGGGAGCGCUGUUGACUGGUGGACAUUUGGGAUAUUUUUAUACGAAAUGCUCCAUGGGAAGACCCCCUUUAAAGGAGCAGGUAACCAUGCCACAUUGUCCAAUGUAGCGGGACUGCCGCUUAAGUUCCCAGAGACGCCAGCUAUUAGUUCGGUGGCAAAGGACUUGAUCAGGGGCCUACUUGUGAAAGAACCGCAACACAGGCUGGGAUCUAAAAGGGGUGCUACUGAAAUCAAACAGCAUCCAUUCUUUGAAGGCGUGAAUUGGGCCCUUAUACGUAGUACCACUCCACCAGAAAUCCCCAAAUACGUUGACAUUGACUCCUAUUCGAGCAAAGUAGCGCAGCCUGCUCCACCAGAUGAAAAGAAACCUGUAGAUUCAAAUGCCGUUUCUUCGGGUAGCAACCCUGUUUUUGAUUCAUUCUAGUACAUUCAAAAUUGCUCAGAAUUUAAUUUUAGCUGGAAUUGUACUCUGGGAAAUGGCUAUUUCCUAAAAACACUUUUAGAAGGCUUAUCGUUUGACAAUCAGUGUGCAAAUUUAGUUUUUUCAGAAGUUAGUCAAUUUGUAUGAAGUACAGCUAGUGAUUUUCCCAUAUUGUAAACUGGCCAUCUUGGUUUGCUAUCAUAGCAAAGUGUAUCAUAUAUUGCAUCGGGGAGGAGACUUAUGGCUCUUACUGGACAGGAAAGUUUCAUAUUUGAAUCGGCAAUUCAAAUUAAUUCACCAA